GCUUUAGCGCCAGUGUCUCAGCCGCGUGAAUCCAACCCAGCAUCCUCCCCAUCUCAGCACGUGCAUCUCGACGUGCCCGCCCCUGCUAUAGCACUGACUGACGCCUGAGCAUCAUCCAUCAGGUGCGUGCAAUUCGACUCGCAACCAUGGCCGCCGAGAUGCUCGCCGUCACCGCGCCCACCUACACCGAUCCGUCCCGCUAUGAACUCUCUACGGUGCCCCGGCCGACCGUCACGGAAGAGACCGACGUGCUCAUCCGCGUGCACGCCGCGAGCAUCAAUCCCGUGGAUGUGAAAAAGGCCGACGGCGUCUUCAAGAUUGCCGUACAGGAGCAGUGAGCUUGCCUGCCAAAUCUAUUUGCUACUACUACUACCGAAAAUGUGAGCUGACCCUGGCGCAAGGUUCCCGUACAAGAUUGGCUAUGAUGCCGCGGGUGUUGUUGCGGAGGUUGGAGAGGGGGUGAAGAGCCUCAAGGUCGGGGAUGAGGUCUACACGCGGUUGCCCGAGGUUUCUCGAGGUUCGUUUCCCUGGGUAGAGGGAGCAUUGCCAGGCUUUCCGCGGUGGAAUGAAAUGUGGCACUAAUAAUGGUCUUUUGCCAGGCUCCUGGAGCGAGUAUGUCAAGUGCGCGGAGCACUACGUUGCCAUCAAGCCCAAGAACCUGUCUUUUAGCGACGCUGCGUCCCUCCCGCUCGCUGGCGUCACGGCAUUGCAGGUCUUGGGCAAGUACAAGGGGUCGUUGGAAGGCAAGACGGUCUUUAUACCUGCCGGAUUGAGCGGCACCGGCGCGUAUGCUUGUCAGCUCGCCAAGAAUAUCUUCCAUGCUGGCAAGGUCAUCACGACCGUGUCGACUUCCAAGAUCCCCAAGGUCGCGGAGCUCCUCGGCCAAGGUGUCGUGGACCAAAUCAUUGACUACACCAAACAAGAUCCCGCCAAAGUCAUUCCCGCCCGGUCAGUCGACUUCUUCUUCGACACCACGGGCCAAGCGAUGCAGUUCCUGUCCCUCAUGGUCCCGUCGACGAGCCUCAUCGUGUCCAUCUCCACCAAGCCCUCCGCCACGACGCUCCAGGCCUCGAGCGUCAUGAGACGCCCCGACAAUCCUCGCAUUCCGUGGUUCGGGCGCGUGUUCCUCAACGGGGGAGACGCGCUGCGCAGGCUGCGCGCGUGGCGCUGGGGCGUGGAGUACAUGUAUUGGUUCUUGGACCCGACUGGCAAGGACCUGGACACCCUGAGGGGCUACGUGGAGGACGGGAAGCUGGUGCCCGUCGUCGGCGCAAGAGUAGACAUGAGGGACAUCGCCAAGGUCCGGGAGGCCUGCGAGCUGACGUACCGGGGCAAAGGCGGGCUGGGCAAGACGGUGUUGGAGGUUAUUCGGACGUAGCCGAGCGGUGAU